AUGAGGAUCUAUAGUGUUGUGUUGACAGUGUGCGCGUGUGCGUGGAUAGUUCUCGCAGAUGUCGCCCAUAUAAAGGCAGCCAAAGCAAAACUCAUCGGAAGUUUGGCAACGAAAGGAAAGCAUAUUAAACGAGGAAUAUUCUCUGAAGUUCCUCCAUACAAGCUCGGCCAUGAUAUACCACGCAUUACACACUCCGUACUUAAACCACUGGUAGUGACGUACCCACCUACAGCUGCCGUCGCAGCAGUUAAGAUACCUGUUCCAAUUCACCAUGUACCGAGGUAUCCGGUUCCAGUGGGUCACAAAGUACCAGGUCUCCCGCAUCCUCAUUACGCCUUGAAUUUCCCUCACACUAAAUAUUUAGCGAAACCCGAUCAUCAUUACCAUCAUCAUCAUCAUCACGUGGCUCCUAAGCCUAUUGUUCCUGUACUACCAGCUGCCCCCGUAGCGCACGUCGCUCCCGUAGUCCCCCAGCCUCAAGCGGUGUUACCGUUGGCUCAUCCUGUUCCAGCUCCCCCGCCCGUCAUUCAUCAAGGACAUAUUCAUCCCCUCCCUGCUCCUCAACCCGCGCCUGAAGCCCCUCUUCCUCUUAAUUUGAGACCACUCCUUCCCGCUGCUGCCGUCCCUAUACCUCCGGCGUCAUUCUAUCAAUCUGCCGCUUUCCCAGUAGGUCAACAUUUCCCAUACGUAAUUCGUCCCGGAGGUGCUGUACAAACAUCGGUAUUCGCGACCUACCCGAGGUACCCGCUAAUCAAUAGUUACCAAGCCCCUAUAUAUCCUGCAAGUCAUGGUGUAUCGGGUAUACAGUCGGUACAACAAGUUUUACUACAAAGGCCACAGGUUCAUCCAUUGCAGUUAGUGCCUCAAGCUGUAGCCCAUUCCGGGGUCGUAGAACAUCACACACAUCAAGUUGGUGUGGAACAAGCGGUGCUUCACCAAGCUCAGCCCGCAGUACAUGUGCACCCGAAUUCAGUAGGCAUUCCUCAACCUGAAGUACAUUUCCAUACCGGUCAAGAAGUAUUACCACAACCCGGUGUACACUUACACCCUGGCCAAGGAUAUAUUCCACAAGGUUUUGAAAUACACCAUGGCCAGGAGGCACUUCCUCAACCCGGAUUACAUUUACAUCUAGGUCAAGAAGCCGUACCCCAGCCAGGUUUCCACAUUCAUACAGGACAGGAGGGCUUGCCUCAACCUGAAUACCAUUUACAUCCCACUCAAGAAGCUGUACCACAACCAGGGUUCCAGUUACACACCGGUCAAGAGGCACUACCACAACCUGGCAUCCAUUUACAUUCGACUCAAGAAACUCACUUACAACCUGGCUUCCAAUUUCAUUCCACUCAGGUACCUCAACCCUUAGAACCGACUCAGCCAUCAGUUCAAUUUGAUAACAACGGUUGGUCGCCCGUACCAUCGCAACAUGAUCAGGGUUCAGCACAAGAUGGCCACUACCCGCAACAGACACAUCAUUUUACUCAGGAACAAGGGUCACAAGUGUUCGAGCAUCACACGGACAACCAAUACCAUGACUUUCAACAUCAAUUGCAGCAUCACAUUCAACAACAGAUAGAGCAGGCGCAGUACGAGCAGAGCUUGAACAACCAGCAACAGCCGGCUCAAGAGUAUGGCGUCCCCCAGCAACUGGGUCAGGAACACGGACAGGCCAAUGACUACUCUCAGCAGGCUCAGGAUAUUGGUCAACAUGGACAAGACGUCUAUCAGAACGAUUACAACAUAGGUCACCUCGGCCAAGAGUAUGGACUUCCUCAUCAGGGAGCAGAAGGUCGCAGUUCUGAAGACGGUGACCAACAGUUCCACAAUCACAUACCUCUGAAACUCCAACCACCGAUAGACAGACCGCUGGAUCACUUCCAAUAG